AUGGACACGCACUGGCCGGUCGGGAACGAGGUGCGAGAUGCGGCCACGGGCGAGGGUGAGCGCGGCCGGAUCCGUUCGAUGCGGUGGUCGCAGGCAUCAGCGAGCAGCGGAGAGGAGAAGAGGAGGCCGAGGGCCUCACCGUACGGUGUAGGGGCUAGGCAGCGGGUGACGAGGAGGAGGAUGGGGACGACGUGCUGCGCGACGGCGAAGUCCGGCGGCGUCCGGGACGGCUUCGGGCGACGAGGGGACCAGAGUCCCAAUAGGGUGGUGCUGGACUGGCCGACGCGGCUGAGGAUCGCCCUCGGCGUGGCGCGGGGCAUGGCAUACCUCCACGAGAAGCUCGGCAUGCCGACGAUGCGGUUCGUGAGCAUGGACGGCGCCGACUUCGAUGCGCCGCCCCCGCCGCCGCCUCACGGGAACCUCAAGUCCGGAAAUAUCCUCCUUGACGCCAACCUGGAGCCGCACAUCGUGGACUACGGCUUCUUCCCGCUCGUCAACGCGCCGCAGGCGCCUCAGGCCUUGUUCGCGUUCCGAUCGCCGGAGGCUGUCGCCGCGCUCCAGCAGCAACAGCGCGUGCCCGUUUCGGCCAGGUCCGACGUGUACUGCUUCGGCGUCGUGCUGCUGGAGCUCAUCACGGGGAGAUUCCCCUCGCAGUACCUCCUCAAUGCGCGCGGUGGCACAGAUGUCGUGCACUGGGCGGCUGCGGCGGUGACCGAGGGCAGCGAGCACGAGGUCGUCGACCCCGUCAUCGCCGCGGCCGGCGGGGGCUCCGCCGUGCAGCUGGUGCGUAUCGCCAUUGAAUGCACCGACCCCGCGCCGGAGAGCCGGCCCAACAUGGCAGAGGUGGCGAGGAUGGUGGAAGAGGUCGCCAGCGCCUCCGGCGCGUCGUGACCACUGCUCGCCGGUGCAUGGGGUGGGAGGAGUGAUACGCGAUGCAAGUCUGCGCGUGCAUGUGUACUUCGAACGGGAUCAAAUCCCAGCCUUUGAUCAGUGGGAGGGUGAGUGUCAGAAUUGGCAAAGGCGAGGGGCAUGGUUAGUUGGGCUGCGCGUGAAUUCAAGGUCUGAAUUUAUAAAAACAGAUGAAAAUCAGGGGCAGAGGGUGAUCAUGCCACUCCACAUCUCUAGUGACUUUAGGCAACAAUUUAUUCUAGUUGGAGGAUGGAAUCAACGGCCAUACUUGUGUGAAUUUUCUAGACUCUGUUUUACCUUGUAUACAUGUAAUAAUAGGAUUAUGUAUUUGUUCAAAAAUACAUUUUGGAUUUUAGUUUUGCUAGUACUUACAAGGCAAACUUGCAUUUUUACUAGCGGUAUAAAUGAAUUGAACUUUG